AUGUACUUCAAGAGAAUGACUUGGGUAGCCAUCGUGUCCCACGUCUCACCUGUUCAGAGGUCCUUCCUCAGUACCUCCUGGGGAACCCAGUACCUCCUGGGGAACCAAGCCUGCACUGACUGGGUCAGACGGGAAGGUUUCCCUUCCGGAGCAGGGACACCAGGCCUCACUCGAGGAGCUCCACUUGAAGCCGCGGUGAGCGGGAGCCUGAGUGUGAUCACAGCACAGGGUGUCGCCGGCCUCUCCCCCCUCAACUCCCAGAAGUUGAAUGGAGGGGAAAGGAUCUGUCCAUCCUUUAGCAAGGAGAAAUUACAGGAGCCGAACCCCUCGAGGACAGGUGUGCCCAACGCAGAGGUCAAUCUUGGGGACCAAGUCAACCAAGCUAAUUUCUCCUCCGUCACAGAGUUGCUGCUGGGCUUCUCCAACCUCGGAGAAAUCCAACUCAUCCUCUUUGCUGUAUUUCUGUGCCUGUAUCUGAUCAUUCUCAGUGGGAACAUCACCAUUGUCACUGUCGUAUGCCUGGCUCGUGGCCUCCACGUACCUAUGUGCUUCUUCCUGGGGAUCCUUCCCAUCUCUGAGACAUGCUACACUCUGGUCAUCCUGCCCAAGAUGCUCAUAAAUCUGUUGUCCCCGCUCAGAACAACCUCAUUUGUCGACUGUGCCACUCGGAUGCUUUCCUUCUUUGGUUUUGCUGUCACUAAUUGCAUGCGGCUGGGGGUCAUGGGUUAUGCCCGCUAUGCUGCCAUCAGUCAUCCAUGUCGGUACCCUAUCCUCAUGAGCUGGCAGAUAUGCGGACAGCCGGCAGCCACUUGUGCUGUGAUUGGCUUGUUCUCACUGAUAGGCUCCCUCUUAGUCUUUGAACUCCCUUUCUGUGGCCUCAAUAAGAUCAACCACUGCUUCUGUGACAUCUUGUCAGUUAUCCAACUUGCAUGUACUGAAACCUACAUCCAUGAGCUGAUCGUCUUCAUCGGUGGGGUUCCAACACUCGUGAUCCCCCUGACUUUCUUCUGCAUCUCUUAUGGCUUCAUUGUCCACACCAUCCUGAAGAUCCCAUCCACUGACGGCAAGCGGAAAGCCCUCCCCACCUGUGCCUCCCACCUCACUGUGGUCAUUGUCCACCAUGGCCGUGCCUCCUCUGUCUACCUGCGGCCCUCAGCCAAGUUCUCAUCCAGCAAAGACAGGCUUGUGACAGUGGCCUACACAGUUGUGACUCUGCUGUUGAACCCCGUGGUGCAUAGCCUCAGAAACAAGGCUGUCGAGAUGGCCAUUUGGAAAGUGAUUGCACCUUUAACUCAGCGGGUGACUCUUUUGACCUUCAUGGCAAAUCACAGGUUACGGACCCCUCAAAAUCCUGGUCAUCGUUCUCUGGGUUAUUCUCAAGGUACUGGGCAUUCAGAGACGCAGGAGAAAAACUGUCCAGUAGACACAGAUCCAGAACUGUCAGAGAUGAGAAAAUUUGCAGGAAAGGACAUUGAAAUGGUCAUUAUAAAUGUAUUCUAUAUGAUCGAGAAGGUAGAGGAAAAUAAUGAGCAUGAUGAGGACCUGCAUGGAACACGUAAAACAGACAAAUUAUAA